CGUCACCGCCCGCCACCAUGCGCGCCCUGCUGUUGCUGAUGCUGCUGCUGCUGCGCCCGGCGCUGGGCUCCGCGCUGCGCCCCCCACGGCCCCCCGAGGCGAGCGCCAAGCUCUGCGGCCCCCACCUGGUGCGUGCGCUGGUGCGCGUGUGCGGCGGCCCGCGCUGGGCCCCCGAGGCCACGAAGCCCGUGGACGCCCGCGACCGGGAGAUGCUGCAGUGGCUGGAGCAGCGGCAGCUCCUGCAUGCACUUGUGGCCGACGUGGACCCCGAGCUGGACCUUCCCGACCCGGCUCCUCAGCGCCAGCGCCGCAGCGCUGCCACCAAGGCUAUGCACCACUGCUGUCGCACUGGCUGCACCCAGCAGGACCUGCUGGGCCUGUGUCCCCACUGA